UUUGACUUAUAUACAUUGUUUUGGGGAGGUGAAAAGAUAUGCGUAUAUUUUGGUCUAUAUACACUGUUUAGGAAAUUCUAAACGAUAUAAGAAUAUUUUGGUCUAUAAACACUGUUUUAGGAAAGGUUAAACAAUAAAAGUAUACUUAGUUUUCUAUACAUGUAAUGAAUUGUGAAUUCUAAUAAUGAUAACUGGAUAAGAUCAAUUUGUCCGAUUGCUAUCAGAGGAAUGGGGUGCACUUGCAAGAGUUCAUUUAUUGUGAUAUUUCUGGUAGCAGCGACGAGUUUAGCCUUCCUCUACCAGACAAGUUUUAUCAAAGACAUCGGUGAACGAACCGGUUAUUUAGCCCUCAAAGAACCUUUGAUUCAGCCGAUCAGGAAUGGAACAGAUAAUUUAAUAGGAUUAGCUUCCACAAUCGAGAAUGUUAAAACAGUCAUUGCGCGGUAUGAACAGACCAACAGAGGACCGGAAGUAAAUGUACUUCUGUUGACGUACAUGCGUAGUGGGUCUACAUUUACAGCGGAUCUACUGCAGCAAAGUCGUGAGGUGUUCUACGUGUUUGAACCGCUGACUACAUUGUCAAGAUACAACGUCAUACCACCAUUUGUGUACAUACCCAUGGUAACAUUUGAUCAAGCUCCAAUAUAUUAUCUACAACAAAUGGUUAAUUUCAAGAUGUUAUCAAAACGACUUCUGAACGCCUUCCUCACUUGUAAAUUUUCUCAAGCUGACAUGGCAACUCUCAUACAAUUUCAUCUCAGGAAUAGUCUAACAACGAUACCCUUCUAUAAUUGCACAAGACAAUACAAAGGUAUAUUCGGAGUAUUUCGGUGUUUACCUCAUCUGUAUGAAAGGUGUCUAAGAUCCCGGAUAACUAUCACUAAGACGAUUCGUACCCGGAUGCAAACGGGCGUGGAGAUGCUACAAUCAAAUCCAAAUUUAAAAAUCAUACAUUUAAUACGAGAUCCAAGAGGAACAUUGAUGUCUGAAUUCCGCUUUGGAAAGUUUCCAAAACAGGAACUGUUAUCCUAUGCUACGACAUUUUGUAAAAACGUGACAGAAGAUUUGGAGAUUGCGCAGACUUAUCCAGACCGUGUUAAAAUAAUUCGCUAUGAGGAUUUGUGUGACAAUCCGUUUCUUUUAUCGAAAAAAUUAUAUGAUUAUAUUGGAAUGGAAUUCACCUCAGAGAUCAAGGAAUAUAUUCACAGUAUAACUUCCGCCGGAAAGGAAGUAAAUUGUCCUCUUUGUACGUCUCGUGCUGAUUCUAAGAUGGCGUCCAAAAAAUGGAGGAAACAGAUAACAAUUAAAGACGCGCUCACAAUUGAUAAUGUAUGUUCUAAUGUGUUUGACAAACUGGGGUAUAAGCCAGUUAAUAGUUUAAAUGAACUGCGAAAUUUGAAUGUAAGUUUUGUAGCCAAACCAAAGAUCAAUGUUUUGGGUUAAAGGUGAUUUUAAUAUUAUACGAAAUCAAGAUUCAA